GGGCUAGUCAGUCGACUGCCACAAAUGGCCGCGUGCGGCAGACAAAAGCGCAUGAAAAAUUCAUGAGCCAAAAGUGCGUCAUUAUUAAGCAAACGACGAACAUCAUCAUCGCCAUCAUCGUCAUCAACAGAGCGUCGCAGGUCGUCUGAAUCGAACGUUGAGCGGCCAAUGAACGGCUUUCGAAUACCCAAAACAUAGAGCUAGUCAAAGCUAGCCGUCAAGUCAACAUGCAAAUUGCUGGGCGAGCAACCGAACAAAACGAACAGAGCGAACAGAGCGAACAGAGCGAAGCGAAACCAGCGCCAGAAACACAAUAAAAAAUUGCCUAUAAAUGGGCGGAAGAGCAGAGUCCGCUGGGAGCGACGCAGGUGGUGCUGUCGGAGGCGUAGCUGCGGCAUUGGGUGGCAGGAAUUUAGUCGCACGCACAAGGAUAACAACGGCGAAGCGAAGGACAACAGACAGUGGCAGCAGCAGCAGCAGCGACAACGGCAGAGGCAGCAGCAGAGGCAGCAGCAGCGACAGCGGCAGGGCACUCAAACAGAACAACAAAGCGAAACUUCCGCAUAGGAUGCGACGAAACGGAAGUUAUUUUGGCCAUUUGAACGCACGGAUCUAUCUCAUCUAUCUGUGCUGCUAUCUGCUGCUGAUAAUGGCAGCAGCUGGCAGCAACAAUGUGGUAAAUGGACUCAAAUGCUACUGCAAUCCAAAGGAAUGCGAUGUUAUACGCGCACUCGACUGCCCCGGCAAGGGCCUAAUGCUCUGGGAUCCAUGCCAAUGCUGUCGCAUUUGCGCCAAAACUCUGGGCGAAUCCUGCGGCGGACCCGGCGGCUUUUCCGGCCAAUGCGAGCCGCCCCUGCAGUGUGUCACCAAACUGCCCAUUAGCAGCGGCCUGGGCGUCUGCAUGGACCUGCAACACCUGACGGCGCUCACCUUUAAUCAGCUCAGCAACUGCACGCAGGAGGAGUCGAUUGUGCUGGAGCCGGGCUGCGAAAUAACCAACAAGCGCUGCCAAUGCUGGCCCACAAUGCGCACCUGUCUCAGCCAAUUGUCCAGCGAUGGCGGCUCACCGAGCGAUUCACGUUGGCAUUUCAAGAAUCUCGAGGACUGCCAAUUAAAUUUGCAAAAUCUAAUUAAAAUCGAACAGGAAUUCGAUGAAGACUAUAAAAUCUCACCGAGCAAAUUCACAUACAAAAAGCUGCGCAGAAAGCGAAAAUCGCUGAGGAAGCGACUGUGGGUGAAAUGAUUGCCAAGCAUAAAUGAGCAAUGGCUACACGAUUAUUUAACAAUAAUAAUUAUCAUUAUUAUUAUUGCUCCAUUUUCAUGUGCAGCAUCAUUUUGGAGAAUGGCGACAGUUCGCAUGCCAUAUAAACGUCCCUCGUUCACAUAAAUACAAUUCUUGUACAGAUACUAAUGCUUAAUUCUAUGACAUGUGGCUAAUAUACAUAAAUACAAUACGAUAAUAAAGAGCAUAUACAUAUACAUUAUAAAUAUAUAAAUAAAUAUAUAUUAUAUAUACACGCACAUGCUUGCAUGCGUGCAUGUGACAUGUGGCUAUUGUAUGUAAUCCCUAAGGCAUUUGUUACUUUAUUGUUUUUAACAAAACAAUUUGUGCGCAUACAUAAUGUAUUAUACAUUGCAAAUUUCUAUUCCUAAACUAAAGACAAGAAAAAACGAGAGAAAAACAAAAAUACAAAUACACAAAUACCUAAACAAUAAAUUUAAAGCAUUUUACGAGUGUUGUUGCUUUCAAGAAUAAUCCGAUUAUGGAGAAGCAUCGAAAUAUAUAUAUACAUAUAUAAAUGGCCAACAAA